ACUCCCCCUAGCAGCUCAAAGCUUAACUAAAAUUUUAACUUCUAAUGUGAAUGGAUAUGAUACACAUUUAUGCGAAUGUAUGCAUAGAGAAGCGAAUUUGAAAGGACCGUUGUUGUUAAAGCGGCAGAAAGCAGCCCUAAGAAAUUUGGAGAAAUAUUGCCGAGUUGACAGCCGAAUGAAAAUUCGGAUGUGUUCCGGUUACGUAGUCGUGGAAACGUAACAAGGAAGAGAUCGUUAAACGCAUUUAUUGGCACCGCUUACGCAGUUAUCUAUUCUAUGCCGGAUUUGCCAAGAUUACGCCAACCGCCAUUUUCUUCUAUCACUCUUGGUAUUAACAAGCAGAUUCACUAUUCUUAAGGAAACAUCCGACGCCAAACAUGCAUAGUACAUACAUAUAUUACAAUAUUUGUCACAACUGUUAUAUUUUGUAACGCGAAAUUUCAUCAUUGGAUAAUUUUCAAUUAGUUAAAAUUAAAUUUAAACGUAUGUAUACAUAUGUACAUAUCCACCGAAAUAUUUAAAUACGUAAUAUAGUCGUUAUGCGACGUAGUAACGGCAAUAUAACAAACAAAAAUGGGGACACGAGCGAGUAGGUAUCAAAUGUCUUGAAAAAAUAAACAAAAUAAAGUCAAUACAUGUAAUUUGUGAAACAAAUUUAUACGUGUAUUAUCCCAUUUAUAUACACACAAAUCCAGCCGACAGUGCAAAAUUCGCAGUUAUAAGCCAUGGCCGACGAAGAUGAGAAUAAGCAAAAGAAGCAUACUAUCGAAAGUCUCUUCCACUUGUAUGCCAACAAUAAUAUCAACACCUUAGACUUGGAAAAUGAGAUAUACGAAACCAUAUUAUUGUCCCAGAUAGAUUUUUGGUUGGAUCAAGCAAAAUUAUUAAGAACGGCAUUCACGAUGACCGACACUGGCAUGGCUUAUAUGAAAUUCAAAAAAUGGCGUUUAGACUUCGAGGAAUUUUUGGAUUUUUUGAACAUGAUUUGCCAGGGUAAAGAAAUUAAGAUUGAUGACGUUAAAAAAGCGCUACUCGAGGCUGGUCCGCCUGGCGGAGGCACUGAAAUUGUUGUCGUGAAAUAGUUCCUUAAACGGAUAUCACAUGGUUGAACAUUUCGCUACCCCAUGCUAGGAAUGACAGUGAACAGAAAAAUUCAAUGAAAUUUACAAUAAGUUAUUAUAUUUGGUUAGCAAUAUAUAUAAAUAAAUUAAAUAAAAUAACAA